AUGGGUCUCUUCAGCCACCACCACGAUAAGCACGACGAGCACAAGCACCACGAGGGUGGUCACCAGCAGGGUCCCGGCGGACCUCAGGGCGGACCCCCGGCGGAUUCCAGGGACAGGGUGGCCCUCAACACGGCGGUCCUGGAGGACCCCAGGGCGGCCCUGGUGGCUUCGGCGGACCUCAGGGUGGAUUCCAGGGACAGCAGCAGGGUGGUCCUGGUGGCUUCGGCGGCCCUGGAGGACCCCAGGGUGGACACGGCGGUCACGGCGGCGGCCACGGCGGACCCGGUGGUCCUGGUGGUCCUCAGGGAGGCCACGGUGGACGUUAAAUUGUCUAGUGUGGACGUGAUUGGAGGUUGA